AUGCGCUACACAAAAUGGGAUUCUGUUGAUCUGAAGAACCCACUUAAAGUCUCAAAACACAGGCUCACAUUAGUGCAGAGAUGGGAGGGAGAUGCAGAAUGAAAUUGGAUGAUUAAGAUUUUUUGAUGAGUGAGGUAAAGAUGCAGCUGGAUUUACUGCAGCCUGGCACUCUCCAGAUGUUUUGUACUUUUGCAACCCUCAUCAGCUUCAGGCAGCACAGCUGUGCUGGCUUGGGCUAAUGGGAGUUGUUGUCCAAAACAUUUGGAGGAUGCCUGGUCGAUGAAGGUUGUUUUAGUGAGGAAAGGGGGUGGGGGUACAGAAGUACAAGUCUUUCAAGGGAAAAGUAAAGGCAGAGAGAGGAGAGCAAACCUAUGAAGAUUUCAGGAAGGUUAAGAGUUAUACUAUGACCAAACAGAGAGUGAGGAAUGUGGAGGUAAAGUUCCUCUGCCAAUUUUUCUACCCUCAUUUCAUAGGAGCAGGUUUAAAAGUCUAAAUAAUACAACCACAAAGGCAGAACUUUGGUGCAGGCCUUCAAAGAGGAAGUGCUCAGAGACUGUUACCAUCACGCCCAAACUGGUACAGAAAGCAGAGCCAUCUCCUGUGGUAGAGAGCACACUGAAGGCGCUGGAGAACUUGAUGUUGGAUCCGAGGCUGGACUGCAUUCAGCAGAACAUGCUCAGUCCCAAGAUGAUCAUUGGCGACCCUUCUGUAGAACUAAACAUCCGAGAAAGCAGCAAGAUUAUAAGGAAGCAACUGGGAGGUGCUCCAAGCCUGCGGGCUGUUGGGAAAGCAAGUUUGAAAAGCAAGCCUUCGAGCAUCAAGGACAAGAUUUCGGAGUGGGAAGGCAAGAAGGAAGCUCUGUCUCCUGCCUUGGCGUGGAAGGAGGAAGAGCAAGGAGUUAAAGAGGAGCUCAGUUCGUUUUUGGGCGCGGUGGAGAAGAUGACCAGGGAAAAUGCAGCGGUGAGGGACGUGGACGCCAAGAGGCUUGUAAACUGGCAGCUGGAAUGCAAAGGCGCAAGCAAAGAGAACGAGAGGAGAAUCGGGGUGCUGAAAUGUGUUGGGGAGAGGAAAGCAGACAUGAAGCUGAAGGAAGAUGAACCCGCAUCCAACACUGGCAGGAGCACCGAGUUGAAGGAAGGGAAGAAAGAGGUCCAGAAGGAGAACGUGUCUGUCCUGAGUCAGGUCAAGAAGCUGGAGCAGGCCUUGAAGGGAGGAGCAUCGGCAGAGCUGCAGCCCCAGUUGCCAGGUACUUACUAUUCCCCGCACUGCCUGCAAGAGAAGGCGGACGAGGGGCAGAGUCCCUCUGAAGGCCAGGAAAGCCGGACGGAGCUCGGGAAACGGCUUCUCAGCUGGGACUCCGAAGCUGGUGAGCCUAUCUUUGGGACUCUGGAAGAGGUGAAAGUGUCCCGUGCAAAAUGCAAGCCCGGGAAUGAGGAAAAUGUCUACACAGAGCCAGGAUUGCUUGAUAAGAAGCCUUUUAUCAAUCCGCUGCCCAAGCCUCGGCGGACUUUCAAGCACGAGGGCGAGGAGGGAUGGAUUCCGCCAGUUAGGAAUAAGCGAAAUUUGCCCCCUCUGCCUUCUAUUCCACCUCCUCCCCUCCCUUCUUCACCCCCUCCUUCGGCCGUCAGCAGAAGACUGAGGAAUGGGAAGCAUAAGGCGAACACGGAUCACAGGUAUCAUUCCUACUUUUUGUUUUAAACUGCUGAAUAUGGAAUUCUUCAUAUAAGUCCUACAUCCAAUAUGUGUUGAUUCCUUUCAAACUGUUGGCCAGGUAUGUGUUUUCCUCAUUUGAUAAUGGUCAGCAUUUUGAUGUGGCUCAAUGCAGCCAAAAAGCUUGGGGUUCAAUUCCGAUCAGAAUUGGCUUGCUGCGUGCCAAGACUGAUUUUCUGCUAGAUUUCACUGUGUGCAAGAAAACCUACAUGGGGGAGAGAGGGGGAGGGAAAUAGAGCAUAAAUUGGAGAACCAGUUUAUAUGGUGAAUCGCUAGUUUGCUUUGAGGGAGAGUUUGGCAAGGGAUUGAGUGGCACACACUCUGCUUUUGUUUGUAAACUGAUGGAAAGAGAGGACUCAGUGCGUUUUUCCCUCUUUGAAGUUUCAUGCAUAUGAACUUCUCAAGCAGCGGUGGUUGAUCUGUGACCCUCCAGAUGUUCUUGGACUCCCAGCUUCCACCAGCCCCAAUAGUCAGCAACAAGAGGAGUUUCAUUCCAACAAGAUCUGGAGGGCAACAGGGUUAGUCCAAUGCCCCCAAACCCAAGGUGACUAUUUAGCCUGGCAUUGUGUAUCUUGACUGGCAGAGGCUGCCCAAGGAUUUAGGCCAGGUAUGGGAAACCUUUGCUCAUCUAGAGGUUGCUGAGCUGCAGCUGUGAUCUUCCCUGGCCCUUGGCCACACUUGCUGGGGCUGAUGGGAGUUGUAAUUCAGCAACAUCUAGGACCAAAAGAAUCCUACACCUGUCUUAGCAGAACUGUGCAGAGGCCUCUCUCUGCCUAUCUGAGAUCCAGCCUAUAUUUGAACUUAACCCCCUUGAGGCUGGAGAUGUGUUGCAUAACCCUUGCUUUUCUAGCUGCUCCCUCCUUGCUCCUACCACCUAAACCCCAGACCCCAGUGUAACUUGGAGACACAGAUCCUGCUGAAACCAGUUCAUUGGGGGAGGGGGUGAUUUCCAGUGUGGGACGGGGGAGGAAAGCAGUUGGCAAGGGAAGGGCUAUUUAUAGUGGGUAACUCAGUCAGUAGAGCCUGAGACUUAAUCUCAGGGCCCUGGAUUUGAGCCCCACAUUGGGCAUUGCAGGGGGUUGAACCAGAUGAUCCUCGUGGUCCUUUCAAAUUCUGUGAUUAUAUUCUAUUACCUAUUAUGUGCAACAAAAGGGCUAUAGUUAACAUGAUGGUCGAUGGUGCAAUCUGUAAUUUUGCCUUCAGCGCAGAAGGGUUGAGGGCCUCUAAACUAGGCCACUCCUAGAAGUAAGGAACCAUUUAACUCCAUGGCUCUCCAACAGUUAAGCAGGUUUUUGUAAAGAGAUGCAAGCUCCUCCCUGACCUUUCCUGAUCCAGUAUUGGCCUGCAUCACAGCUAAAGCACGGAGCAGACUCAAGUGCAUCAAAUUGACCUAUGUUCGUUUUAUGUUAGCUUGCCCAUCAACAUACAUGUCAUUUCACUAAAGUACCAAGAAGAUGGGUCCCUUCCCUGAGAAGUUAGCAGUCUAAAUACACCUAGGAGGCAACUGGGAAGAAAUGGAGGCAGAGUAAAUAGACAAACCAAGUGGAUGUAUUUCAUUGAGUAUGCAGACUAAUGUACCAAAGGCUUCAAGACACAUUUAGAUUUGGGGAAGUGACUUGAAGGAAUGGAAAGAGGUGGCAUCAUGCAGGUGUUCUGAGAGGCAGUUCCAAGUGCAUAGAAGAACAAGGGAGAAGGAGCAGAAUCUUUUGGGUGAACAAGAGAUCUUUGAGUGGUGGAGCUCAAGGAGGAAAGAUGUGCCAGGAUAUAAGAAUGGAGAGAUGUGGGGAUCAUGGGUGGCUCAUAACUAUCAACCCACCCUUCAUCCUAGGACAGGUUACAACAGUUAAAACACAAUGUUGAAAACAGUUUAUAACAAUUUAAGAUCACAGAAAUUAGAUCUACAGUAUCUGGGGGGCGGGGAACCUUUACAGUCAUGGUUUAACAUGAGACAAAUGUGUGAAGAUGCAGUUCCUACCCUGCUGACUAAACCUGUAAAUAGUAUUUCAUAUGUCAACUUAUUAAAAGCUGUGCUUCUCUCUCUACCCCACAAAUGCCACAGGAAGUCCUAUGAGUUUGAAGAUUUGUUGCAGUCCUCUUCCGAGAAUGGCCGGGUAGAUUGGUAUGCCCAGACCAAGCUGGCCCUAACGCGCACUUUAUCAGAGGAAAAUGUCUAUGAAGAUAUUUUAGGUAGGCAUUUGGGUAGCAGAGGCAGGUGAUGGCCAACUUUGAGUGAUGGGCAGCCUGAUAUUUAAGACCUAAGUAGUUAAAUCUCAGGGACGCGCAUGGCGCUGUGGGUAAAACCUCAGUGCCUAGUACUUGCCGAUCGUAUGGUCGGCAGUUCGAAUCCCCGCGGCGGGGUGAGCUCCCAUCUUUCGGUCCCAGCUCCUGCCCACCUAGCAGUUCGAAAGCACUCUUAAGUGUAAGUAGAUAAAUAGGUACCGCUUUAUAGCGGGAAGGUAAACGGCGUUUCCGUGUGCUGCGCUGGUGCUGGCUCGCCAGAGCAGCUUCGUCACGCUGGCCACGUGACCUGGAAGUGUCUGUGGACAGCGCUGGCUCCCGGCCUCUUAAGUGAGAUGAGCGCACAACCCUAGAGUCGGACACGACUGGCCCGUACGGGCAGGGGUACCUUUACCUUUUAGUUAAAUCUCAGUUCAUUUGAUCUCCUAACUUUAUGUUAAAGUCUAUUUUAGAGCAGCCAGAAUUUAGGGCAGUGUUCUGUUAGAAGUAGUUGUUGUGUGUGUAAUGAGUGGGGUGUGUGUGUUGGGGGGCGGGGGGACGAGACGGGGUUCCUGUUGAUGCUCAGAAUUGCCUUGCCAGCAGAAAUCAUGUACAUUACAAGAUUACAACACGGGCACUAUAUUUCGACUAGUAAUAGAAAAGUAGUAAGAGCAGAAGAAUAUAUACUGACAAUUAUAACAUUGCAUGUACAUAACAUAUCUAAAAGGGUAUAUGCACUCACACACACGGCAUAGAUUAUGUUGGAUGUUUAUGUUACUCCCCAGCUAAAAGAUGAUCCAAAAGUGAUACACUAGAUCUGAUGCUGUUGCGGAGUAGUUAAUGGGGUUUGAGUGAAUUGUUCAUGUUUGUCUUGCAUUUGAAGUACCGGCCACAAUCCAAGGCAGAGGAGUGGAGAUUAAUAGACUUAAGCACACUUGACUCUGUGUGUUGGAUUGUGGCCAUAGUAUAUUGAAGCACUGGACUUCAGUGCUUCCAGGUUGUUUGUACAGUUGCUCAACAUACAUAAAUUCAGCAGGUGAAGAUUUUCCAUGCAUAGAGUUUAAGCAAUGGCGGGGGAGAAGCUUCACAUACUUUGCAACAUGCUAAACCGUCCAACGAUAAAUCUUCCGGUUGCCCGUAGUGGGUGGGAAAAGACUAGCUGGACCUCGAUCUUAAAAGCGCUGAUCUGGUAAAGGCAGCACCCAAGUUCUCCUUGAGCUGCUGAAAGGCUCACAGUGUUGUGUGCUGAUUAUCUGCUGCCUCUGGCUUCCUAUUCCAGAUCCACCAGCAAAAGAGAACCCCUAUGAAGAUAUUGAGACAAAUAGCCGCUGCUUGGGGAAGAAAUGUGUCCUGAACUUCCAAGCGUCUCCUUCAUCUUCGGUCCCUGGCACACCCACAAAGGUAUCCUGGUUUAACCAGUGUGACUUGAAAACCCAGUGCCCCAAAGUUAUAUGUUUUGGCUGGCAUUGUGAAGGCAGAGUGGUGAGAAAAUGGAUGCCCUGCAGGGAACAAGAUUACCGAUUCACCCUCUGAUGUGGUUUCCUGUCUUGGAUUAACUCCCUGGUGUAGUUUACUUCAUGCCCAAUGAGUUCUGUGAUGUUAAGAGAGAGAGAAUUCCAUGUCUCUUGAAUCCUGAUGGGUUCUGGGAUGGUGCAUUCUGGAUUCCCUCUCACUGUGGGGUUUAAUUGGCAGCCCUUAGCAGCCCACAGCCAAAGGCAUGCAAGAACACUACAAGAUCAUAUAAGAGACUGUGUUAAUGUGGUUGGGAAGGAAUGGUGCUAGGAAAAUGGGACACAACACCCCUCCUUUUUUUAAACCUGUCGGCAUUUCUCUUUGGCUACAAGCUGCCUAGCAUCGAUCUGAGGUCUCUAGGCUUCUAAGCACUUUGUUACAAAGCUGUGGGUUGUUUGCUCCUUUUUUGCCCCUUUUGGUGGGUAUCAUCCUAUUUCUGCAUUCUAAUUCUAUUGCUGUCUCAAUUCUUACUCCUGUGACACUGCCAUCUUUAAUUUUUCUACCCUGCUUCACCAACAGCCUGGGGUUGUUAUUGGUGGUGGUUGUUUUCUUUCUCUUUUUUAACUAUUGGCAAAAUAUUGUUGUUGUUUAGUCGUUUAGUCGUGUCCGACUCUUCGUGACCCCAUGGACCAGAGCACGCCAGGCACUCCUGUCUUCCACUGCCUCCCGCAGUUUGGUCAAACUCAUGCUGGUAGCUUCGAGAACACUGUCCAACCAUCUCUUCCUCUGUCAUCCUCUUCUCCUUGUGCCCUCCAUCUUUCCCAACAUCAGGGUCUUUUCCAGGGAGUCUUCUCUUCUCAUGAGGUGGCCAAAGUACUGGAGCCUCAGCUUCAGGAUCUGUCCUUCCAGUGAGCACUCAGGGCUGAUUUCCUUAAGAAUGGAGAGAGUUUGAUCUUCUUGCAGUCCAUGGGACUUUCAAGAGUCUCCUCCAGCACCAUAAUUCAAAAGCAUCAAUUCUUCGGCGAUCAGCCUUCUUUAUGGUCCAGCUCUCACUUCCAUACAUCACUACUGGGAAAACAUCACUACUGGGGAAACAAUUGGCAAAAUAGUGGGCAUAAAAGAGGAGUGGGCAGAAGGUGAAUUGGGUUCUACUGGUAGAUACCAGGGUGUGACUUAUAGCAGAUAAGCGAGAAUUUCUGCAACCUCAUUGUUUAACCAUAGCAAUGACACAAAUUACCCCUUCCUUUAUCAUGCUGAAAUACCAAAAGGGAGGGUCAUCAUUUUUGUGUGGAAGGACUGUGAGCAAAGGUCACUUCUGGGACUCAGAGCAAAUUCCCGAGCUCAUAAUUUCAAAAUUUUAUGCGCCUGUCUUUUGCUCCUGGCUCUGGUUGGCGGAUCUCCGGCUUCUUAUAAAAACAAAAGCAGAAGUAGUUUUCACAAAGCUGAAGCCUGGCCGCCCUUGCCAUAAAGUAGUAAAGUGACCGACAGUAGAGCAAAAAUGUGGGAAACCUUCCAUUGGUACAGACAGCAUAAGGGCACUUGGGAGCUGCCCUUGAACUGUUAAGUAGCAAGAGAGUCAUGCUCUGCUGCAGCUGUGCUAUUGCACUGACUUUUCUGGGAGUCCAGGAAAUAUGGGCACACAGGACACACCUGGGUGGAGUGUCUUGGAGCACAUCGUAAUAAGUUGUUGUCAUCUAGGGAGCAAACUCUGUGUUGGGACGUGUCCUAAUUCCUACCUGUCCUGUGGGUGAUAUAUAGGAGUUGAACAGGGAAAUGCAGACCUUCCUAGCUGCAUGAGGAGAGGCAAUCUGUUUCUCUUUGAGAAUAAGCUGGCAAUCACAGUCUCUGGUUUUGUUAAGUCUGGAGAAGAGACUCUGUUGAGCUCACUGCCAGUUGCAGGCUUGGGGUGGGGGGUGAGCUGCUGAGGAAACUGACCAUGGCAUCUAGCUCAGUGUCAUUAACUCAAGGAGCUCCAGACCCCAGGCACAUGGAUCAGAUUUAGAAACUGGACCCUGGAUGAGUCAAAAUAGAGAGGUGCGGGUUGCCGGAUGCCUUGCAACAUAGUUUGAUGUUGUUAAAGUGUGCUAGGUGCUGCACAGAGUGCCGCGGACACGUACAGUCUUUUCCAAAGUGUUUUAACUGAAGGGGUGGGGGAUGGGAAUCCUCUUGUACUAAAGAUGAGGCUGAAGGCACAGCCAGGAGGGAGAAGUGGUGAGAAAUUGAGAGCCCAUCUCUGUUGCAAGCUUGUAAAAAGAGGCUUUGCAAUACUGGUACUAUUAAUUGUUACAUAUAUGGAUAUGCGGUUCAAAGGAGUGGGAAGAGAUGAUUCCAUACAAAAUGUUUUCAAAGACCUGCCUUUCUUUAGCCUGGAAAUGCCACCCAUUGGAUUGCAAAACAAUCUUGUUAUUGCAAAAAGGUAUUGCUAUUUCCCCAAAAUGUUGAAAAAGUAGUCUUUUGUUUGUUUGCUUUCAUUAACAAAGAAACCAAGUUAAGUACCCAUCGCAUUCAUUGAGGGUUUUUUCCGGUUUGGCUGUCAUCUUAUAAUAAUUCUUCCCCGCUGCUGUUCCCCAGAUUAAGAUGAGGCUUGCUGUUCCCUCGGGUUUUGGGGUUUUGAGAAUGGAAAGGAAUAAUUUCUGGAGCAGUUACCAGUACACAGAGAGCUUAUUUAUGCUCACACCAACCUUUCAACAGUUCCAAAGGUCGCUGAGUAAGUUUCAUGGCUAAGCCAGGAUUCCCAUUUGGGUUUCCCAUGUCGAAACCCAGGACUUGAACAUCAGAAGACCCACAAACAGGUGCCAGACCACUCUAUUAUUACUGGGUAGAAUCAAUCGCUAAAUGACAGGGUUAGGGAAUGUAGCAAUCCCUAAAUAUGCAACUUCAGGGCUGCUUAAACAUUUCUCUGAAGCAAUUGUUAAAUGGCCACAGCCUGACAGACUACUGGCCCGUGUUACUUUUGGUCCGAUGUGGUACAGUAGCUCUUUCAUUCUCCCAUACAAAUGACUUUGGUUGCUUGGUUUUGCUGGCUUUUUUUGUUGCUGCUGCUACAAGGCUUGCCAGCCUGCGUUGCACAAGCAAAAAGAGUUCUUUCUCCUAUGAGGACGAGGCUCCGCUGUGAGUUUGUCACAAUGCAGAAUCAGAGUCUCUUCUAUUAUCUUGCUGGGCCUUCCUGUGAAAAUCAAAAUAACUGCUGAAAUUUAUUAGGCCAGAGAUAAUCUGCCAAGAAGUAUUAUAACUAACGUUUCUGCUUUGCCCGCUUGGGGUGAGAGUUACUUUUGCCGUGGAGAAAUGCUGCAUCUCCGAUUAAAUGCUGCCGCCUGUUUUUCCCCUGUUCCUGUCUGGCCUCUGCAGCUGCUCUCCAAACCCAUCUUCUUUCGGCAGAAUUCGGAACGGCGGAGUUUCAAGCUAUUAGACAUACGGAAAUCAAACCGAGACGGGACAUGUUCUCCUUCCAGAAUCAGUCCCCCUUCCACCCCUAGUAGCCCUGACGAUACUUUCUUCUCCUUGGGUGAUACUCAAAAUGGCAAGAGGAGGAGAAAAAUUCCUAAGGUAACCUCCACAGAUAAUCUCUCUCUCUCUCGGUUGUUGUUUUUUUAGGGGAGGGGCAGGCAGAUAGUGAAGACUGAGAAUAAGCAUAUGGAUAUGAUGUCAUCAAUCUUAACAGCAUAUGCUGAAGGGCUUGGAAUUUUAAUUUCUGUUCACUCCGUAUGGGCCAGGCCAAAAACUUUAUGGAUCAUUGUGAGAUGAAGUAAAUUUAAGUUGACUGCUAUUGAAAUAACUACCUGUUGUGGAUGUAAAAUGGAUCACAUGUUCCCCCUCCCUGCUUUGGGUUGAGCCAGUCUUGUGAAAGGAUGUAUGACUGAUGUGCCUAAGCCAGAAGGUGGAGAACUGGUGGCUCUCCAGAUGUUGGUAGGCUCCAAUUCAUAUCAACUCCAGACAGCAAGGCCAAUGGUCAGGGAUGUUGGAAAUUCUUCUCAGGCAACAUCUGGAGAGCCACAAGUUCCCCAUACCAGACCUAAGGUAAGAAUCAAAGUUUGUGAUGUAUAAAGAAGGCCCUUGAUCCAUUACUUUAAGUCUAAAUUGGAAGAAAAUUACCUCCAAAGUAAUAGCACAUUCCAAAUUAGUUAUACAGGUUAAAUGUACAUUAAAUAAUAUGUGCAGGAAGGUAAAAUAUACAUGUUAAAUGCACCUGGUAAGCCUGCCUCCACCAAACCGGAGAGAGUCAGUUUCACAUCCCAAAUUUACAGAUUAAAGGUAUGUUACAAAUUAGCUGUGUGGAUUAAAUGUUUUUCUAAGAUUUGCUUAACUUGCGCACUACUUUUUUAAAAAAAAAUAAAAUAAAAAAUACAGAAUUGUGGAAGAUUUUCACCAAGAGAAAGAAUACUUGGAGCAGACGGCUAGAAAGGGCCAAAGGAAAAUAACUGUGAGGAAAGAAGCAGGAAGGAUUUUCAGUUAUCUUGACUUGUGGAUGGAGAAAACGCUGACUUUUCUUCUCUAUGUUAAGCAGCUGGUGUUAAAAAUCAAUGCCAUCUAUGAAGCGCGAAGAGGGAAGAAGCGAGUCAAGAGGUUGUCACAGUCCACAGAGAGCAGCUCAGGAAGAGGUAAAGAGGAAGUUUGUAGGGAAGGGACAGAGAGGCUUUGGGGUGUUUGUUUGAACUGUGUUUGGGGGUUCAUUGUGGUUUUGUUCUUGUUUCUCACCCCCCCACCCCCCACUGCCUGCAUUAUUUCUAAUAUUAAAUAGCUGAAAGGGCUGGGCAAAUCUGUCUUAUUUCUCAAGGUGCAUUAAUGCACUGAGCCUGCCAGCUCUGUAUCUGUGGGCAGGGGCAGCCUGCACAUAAGUACCCAUGCGCAUUGGGGAUAAGCAAAGCUUGUGAGUGCUAAAGGCAUUGGCGUGUGUUCAAAUGAAUGCAAGUGGAAGCUCCCUGUGGAUCUUCUCCACUCAUCACUGGGAUGGUCGGGAACUAAUAAGGGGUGUGAUGCAUGUGAGGAUGUUGGGGUCAGGGCUUGUGGGAGUGUCCCAGCCCCCCCCCCCCACUUUGAGUGUAUGCCUGUUCUGGCAAACACUCAAACACACCUUCAGUUUCUCAGUUUUCUAAUUGUAACUUUAGGUCUGCACUUUUCUGCAUCAGUUUUUGAUUUAUUUGUUUUAAGGAAGUCCUUCUCAUUAUAUACAUUUUUGUGUGCAGUUACUGCCUAGCAUACACCUUUUUUUGCAAGCCAUUUCUCCCAAUGUGCUUUUCUGUAUGUUAUUUUCACUUCUAUGUGCAUCUUUAUGCACACUUUAAUAUUACACAGUUUUGUACAAAUUUUUUGGUUGGAGGGAGGGCUGCACCACAAAAUUCAGGGAAAUGAAUGACUUGAAGGACAUUUGUAUUUUGAUUUAGGAGGCAGUUACUAUUUUUGUUUGUAAAGUGUAGAAGAUCUUUAUUCUCUUCCUCUCUAUUUUCUGCUAGUUACAGAUGAGAAUAGCGAAUCGGACAGCGACACUGAAGAGAAGCUUAAAGGUAAGAAAACAGGAGUGUGAGCAAAAGGGAGAGAGAUUUUUGCAAUGGAAGUUAGGGUUUGAGGAAUGAUUUACACCCAAGACUCUUUCUUUCCCUAAGGCACCAAGAUUUCUUUUUGUGCUUGCAUAGACAUUCAGAUACGAUAAAAAUGAACAUGCAAUUUACCUAGCUUUCUGAGAGUUACACAGCCAGUGCUGCUCUCCAGAAUCACAGUUUGCAGAGAAGCUCAUUAUCUUUGUAACUCAUGUGUAGUGCAUCCCUGUGCAGGUCUACUGAGAAAUAAGUCUUAGAAUGUUCCCUGGGUUCUACUCCCUCCUGAGUGCAUGCAUUCAGGUUUACAACCUUGAUAAGGUGGAAAUAAGGUUCUACCUUAAUAUUUUGGAUUUGGACUUAAUUGUCUUUUCUGUGUGCACGCACACAUAUAAUGAAGUGGGAGAGGGGCUGCCAAAGGAUCGGAGCGUGGGAAAAUCACAUUUGGGUGGGGGUGUUUAAUAUGCCUGUUUUAUUUAAUAAUUUUUAGACUUAAUGGGUUGGGUCAAGCUAAGCGACUUGCAUGUAGGGCCCACUGAAAUCAAUGUGAAAAGUAAGUUGUAAUUAAGGCCCAUUGAUUGCAAUAUUAACAACUAACUGCAAUGAACAUAGUUUGAAUCCAACCAAUUUUUUUUUUAAUUAAUGGUACCAUUAAACCAACACAGAAAAUAUUUCUAGCCUUUUAUAUUUUUCUUUUCAGAAAAUGAUCUUGAAUUAUGCAGUUAAAUAUAUACAUGCUCAACUCCUGACAUGCUUUGACUCGUCCGACUGUAUGUCACUUUGCUCUCUCUCUUUCUCUCUCCCCCUCUCCCGUUGUACGACAAAGUUCAAUGUACAAUGACUUCUAAUAUUACAUUUCAUCUUUGCCCACCAUAUAAUGUCGCUUUACAGUUCUGUGGCAUAGUUUGGACAUUUUUGUGUCCUCAUCAUGGCAUGAAGUAAUACCAAACCCUUUAGAUGAUGGAGAAUACAUUGAGAAAAGGGGUGGAGGGGACUGCAAAGCAUUAUGGGAAUACUAAGUAUGCAAAACAGUGACACACACCUGACUUCCUUUGCCUGUCUUUGUAUAGCUCACAGCCAGCGCCUGGUUCAUGUGAAGUCUCGCCUGAAACAAGCCCCCAGAUACCAAACCUUGGAGCGGGAUCUCAUCGAGUACCAAGAAAGGCAACUCUUUGAGUACUUCGUAGUGGUCUCGUUGCACAAGAAGCAGGCUUGUGCCCCGUAUGUCCCUGAAGUCACCCAGCAGUUUCCAUUAAAGGUGGGCCGUGUGAGUGAAGGUGCUCUUGCAGACUUUGGCCACCUCAAGUUGGUAGCUGGACAGAGAAACCACAAGGAUUUUCUUUUUCCUGGGGUGGGAAGUACUUGCUUCAGAGAUACGGUUGGAAAUAUCCAAAGAGGGGAUGAUCCAAUAGAGCCACACAUACUUCGCAUGUAAGGGGUCCUUGCAGUGCCAGAUUUACGUAUAAGCUAAACAAGCUAUACAGUAGCUUAGGGCCCCACUCUCUUGGGGCCCCCAAAAACAUUUAAAGGAAAAAAAGUGGAUGUACAUUUCCAAAAUAUAAGAUAAGUUCAACAAUUACUUUGAUAAAAUACAUAUUUUGUUAUGUGCAAAUGGCUUUAGAUACUUAUUAGGUCCAUAAAUUACCAUCUAGCAUAUAUGCAACACAAAAAAACAGUGGCAAUUUGUUGUUGACAAAGGACAGCUGGACAUAUAAAGGGCCCCACUGCCUUCAGUACUUAGGGCCCCAUCAAACCUAAAUCUGGCCCUGGGUCCUUGUUUCAAUCCUUUGUCUCCAGUUAAAGAGAACAAGGUAGCAGGUGAUGGGAAAGUCCUCUGACUGAGGCCUUUAGAAAGCUGGUACUUCUUAGAGAAAACGGCACUGGACACAGAGGACCAACAGUCUUUACCUGGUGUAAGGCAGGUCCCUCUGUUCUUAGAUCACCAAGCACCCUAACUGUGAAGGUAUGGCUUUUAAAAUGUUAGCAUUACCUCUGAUGGUGUGGUAGGGAUGGCACCAAGGAACUUGAUGCAUUUUGAAGCUGACUGCAUGGAAGACUCCAUAAGCUUUGGUUGGCAGCUGGAGGGGAAAAUACACAAAGGUCAGGUAAACUGGAUAAGCAGCUGUCCAGGCAGAAGCUCAGUCUCUGCCAUCACCUCUUUGUUUCAUCUCAGAGCUGGGUAGAGAGGACAGUUGUUCAAGCUGUUUCACUCUCUUCUUCACUAAUCUGAAACUAAUCUCUCUUCUUUUUCCACUAGCUUGAACGUUCCUUCAAAUUCAUGAGGGAAGCAGAGGACCAACUAAAAGCCAUCCCUCAGUUUUGCUUCCCUGACGCUAAAGACUGGACACCCGUCUGCCAGUUUAGCAGGCAAGUUGCAUCAUAGAUUCUUUUUCUUUCCUCUCUCUCUCUCCCACUAAUAGCACCUUCCCAUCAUCCAAAAUAGUGCUGCCCAGUGCGGAACAGUGAGGCUCAAACAGAAGAAACCAGCUGGAGAAGCAAGGUCACUUUAUGUAAGGCCAAGGAGAGAAAACCAAAACAAUUGUCUUGCCCCAGAUUCAGGUUAGAAGACCACCUAAUCUAGCACAACCAAGUGGCCAACCUUUAGGAAGCUUGCAGGUGGGCGUGGUAGAGAUGGCCAACCUGGAACCUUUAUCCCCUGAGUUGUGUAGUGGUUGGAGCAGGGAUGGGGAACUUGUGGCCCUCUAGAAGUUGCCACCAGACUACGACUCCCAUCAUCCCUUGCUAUUGGCCAUGCUGGCUGGGGGUUGAUGGGAGGUGGAGACCAAUAACCUCUGCAUGGCCAUGAGUUCCCCAUCUCAGGGUGACAGUUUCAGGCUUGGAGAUGCAGGCUAAUAUCCUCCACUCAUCCAUGAUGAUUGCUGGGUGUCUAUGAGCCGGUCUCGAUCUUUCAGCCUCACCUACUUCAUAGGGUUGUUGUGAAGAUAAGCUGGGUCCUGUUUAUGUUGACCUAACCGACUUGUAAGAAAGACAAGAUAUCCCAGUACACUCCCUCUACCAACUUAGCAUUCAAACAUAGAGCUCCCUUCUAGCAAUCUGAAGGGCAGUUUCAGAAAGCAUGGCUAAGAAUGAUGGGAGUUGUAGUUUGGCAACAUCUGGAGGGCCAAAGGUUUCCCAACUCUCCUACUAAAGUAUGUGUAAAAGAAAGCCUUGUCAAGGCAGAAGUCAUUUUUAUCAUCUAUUUAUCUCUGUCCUUUCAGUGAGACUUUCUCAUUUGUCUUGACUAGUGAAGAUGGCAGUCGAAGGUUUGGAUACUGCAGAAGGCUACUGGUAACUAUCUUUAAGAAUAAUAAAAAGAAAAUCCUUCUAAAAACAGCAUGGUAUCAAAAAAGGUAGCAACCCUUCUGUGCUGUCAACACUCACCUCUUUUCCAAAGUGAAAAAGGUAACUGAACAAAUCUGCCCGCAGAAUGGCUGUGUUUAGAUGUAAAAAUAGGCCAAACUUUAUUUUGAGGGGGACAAGCCCCACCUUCCCUCAGGCUAACGCUAGGGACACAGGUGGCGCUGUGGUCUAAACCACUGAGCCCCUUGGGCUUGCCGAUUAGAAGGUUGGAGGUUUGAAUCUCCGCAACGGGCUGAGCUCCCGUUGCUCUGUCCUAGCUUCUGCCAACCUAGCAGUUUGAAAACACACCAGUGUGAGUAGAUAAAUAGGUACCACUACGGCAGGAAGGUAAACGGUGUUUCCGUGCGCUCUGGUUUUUGUCAUGGUGUCCCGUUGCGCCAGAAGCCAUUUAGUCAUGCUGGCCACACGCCAGCUCCCUCGGACUGAAGUGAGAUGAGUGCUGCACCCCAUAGUCGCCUUUGACUGGACUUAACUGGCCAGGGGUCCUUUACCUUUUUACUUUAUCCCCCCCCCGCCCUCUCCUUUUCUGGUGCAGCAAGGAGGAGUUGGGAAGCUCUUGUUUCUACUUUUGGUUAGCCACAGCUCAUCGUGGCAUCCAAGCCCAAACAAACUUGGCAGUGUUUAGUUUGAAACAAGCCAGUGUUACUUCACUGACUGCAUUUUCAAAGACUCUCAAAAGAAAUCCUUCUGGAUCACACAGAAGUUUACACCCAGUAACAUCCUUUAUUAAAAUUACCAUAGUUUUAAAAAAACUUUCUGUAAGUUUACACUACCGCCAAAUGUACCUGGAAUCUGCCUCCUUUUUAAUCUAAAAUGAAAUUGAUCUGCUACAUAUUUUAGGGUGUAAUCCUUUUUGAGAAAACAGAAACCAUUUUUCCAGAUUUAUCAGUGGUGCAUGGAAUAUGUAAUUUUUCUUUCUUUCUUGGAAUCAGCUUCCAAGGUUCAAUCCUCACCUCAACCUCUGCCCAAUGGCUUUAAUGGAGCAGCAGGGCAACACUCGCACCCAUGCCCCUGCCAUGCACACCAGCCAGAUUAGAAGGCAAGAGGAGGAAGCAGAUUGCUGUACCAGCCUUCAGUUGUUGCUGCUGCUGCUGCUGCAAUCCAGCCCGACACAAUCAUAUCACAGCUUCUCCCCACCCCCAGAGCUGCUGUGAAACCUGAUGCAAAAAGAGUUUGAAUUGCACCCUAAUUUUGGAUUAUUGGGGGGGGGGAGGUGAGCAAAGCCAUCAGAUUCCUUGAACCGAUUAAACACAGGGUCCUGUUCAUUGUUAGUCAUACUCUUGAGUACAGCCAUUGGCACUAAUAGACAUGACUAAUUUAGGUCCAUUAAAUUCAGUGAGUCAGCUCUUGAGAAGAACUUGGUUGGAUACAACCCAUUGUAAUUGUUCCGUCCUAGGUUAAGCUAGACACACUGUGUUCCAGCCAAGUAUCAAAACCACCAAUUGCUCCUGCUGCUUGAUACUGUGCUAUAAAUCUAGUGUUGGUGAUGAUAAGGAAAUGUCCAGAACAAACUGUUCAUAUGUUUAUCUCACACUUUUAUUAUUGUUAUUAUUAUAGCUUUCAGUAUUUCACCACAGUACCACAGUUUCCUUUUUGCAACCAGACCCAAGUAACCACAUAUCUUUAAGAUGCUAUGAACUCUCAGUAUUGAGUAUCAUUUAGUUGGAGAAGUAAUGAGAUUUCUAGAAAACGUGAAUAAUGUUUUUUUCAUACUUUCAAGCUUUCGGAAGGGGAAUUAGUUUGGGGGAAGCUGACUUCUGUGCUGAACACCGCCUUGUUUCUCCUUGUUAACUACUGUGCAUCUGUGUGGGUGUUGUUUUUUUUCUGUCUCUCUUGAAAGCCCAGUGGGAAAGGGAAGCGACUUCCUGAAGUUUACUGCAUUGUGAGCCGUCUUGGAUGUUUCAACCUCUUUUCUAAGGUAGAUUGAGAAGGAGAUGGACGAUGUGGGCUAUACAUAAAGGGGGCACUGGAUGAAGAUGAUGGUUUAUGCUUGUGGGACAUCAUUUAGAGCAGGGUGGAGAAUAGAGACUUGCCCUCACCUGUGUUCUGAUUCCAUGAGGACGUUUAUCUAGAUUAUCUCUCUCGAUAGCCCAGUGGUCCUGGACUUCAAUUCGCAAAGAAACAAGUACAGUGGUACCUUGGUUCUCAAACUUAAUCCAUUCCGGAAGUCUGUUCCAAAACCAAAGCGUUACAAAACCAAGGCAUUACUUUCCCAUAGAAAGUAAUGCAAAAUGGAUUAAUCCGUUCCAGACUUUUAAAAACAACCCCUAAAAUAAAUAGCAAACACAGACAGACCUCAGUGUUGCACUCGGAAAGGAAGUGUGGCACUCAAAUCCGAAGUGUAACACUUCGGCUUCCGAAAAAAGUUUACAAACUGGAACACUUACUUCCAGGUUUGCAGUGUUUGGGUUCCAAGUUGUUCGACAACUAAGCCAUUCGAGAACCAAGGUGCCACUGUAUGUCUGUUAAGUCUUAUGUGGAUAACCUUGCUGUAGUUAUUAGCAGGUAUGAAGUUAGGACUUUUUCCAAAGUUCUUAAGAUCCACCAGCUUUUUUGUGGUUUAAUUCUUAAGUAUAUCUAAGAAACAGCUCUUGAAAUAUGUUAUGAAUCCUCUCCCCUCUAUUCCUCUUUAAAAAAACAAACAAAAACCAAACAAGAAAUCAUUGGAUUAGAAUCUCCCAAAGUUAGAUUUUUUUAAAAGAAAGAAUGUCUUGUUGGAUCCUAAAGAGAGAGGAAAAACUGGAAGAGAAGUGAGAACUCAGUAAGAGGAGAGGACAAACUUAUGAAACGGACAUGUCUUUUGUAGAAGAUGUUAUACUUACCAGCUUUUCUGCCUUUUUAGAUCUUGGAUGAGGUUGAGAAAAGGCGUGGGAUUUCCCCUGCUUUGGUACAGCCCCUUAUGAGAAGCGUCAUGGAGGCUCCUUUUCCAGCUCUGGGCCGAACCAUCAGCAUCAAGAACUUCCUACCUGGCUCCGGGACAGAAGUAAGCUCAAAACCAGAGUGAGACAGCAAGUAGAGUGGUAGUUCAAAGAGAAGUCAAUGUUAACAGGCAGAGAUGGCUCCUUAAGUACCUCGGGUGAGAUUUUAGGCACCAGACUUUUGCCAUCAUAGGAAGCUGCCUUUAUACCAGGCCAGACCAUUGGUCCACCAAAGCUCAGUAUGGUUUGCACUGAUUGGCAGCAGACCUCCAGUGUUUCAGAGAGAGGACCUGGAGAUGUUGGGGGUUGAACCUGGGACUAUUUAUGCACAAAACAGACUCUGCAUUAGCUGCAUUCUUUAUCCUUUUCAGGUAAUAGAGCUGCGCCGACCACUUGACUCGAGGCUCGAGCAUGUUGACUUUGAGUCCCUGUUCUCCUCGCUCAGCAUCCGGCACUUAAGCAGAGUCUUUGCUUCCCUGCUGCUAGAGAGGAGGGUGAUAUUUAUAGCAGACAAACUCAGGUAACAGGCUUUUGCUGCUUUUUUUCUGUGCCUAGAAAAUUUACUAUCUGUUCUGCUUGGGUUCUCCCUUUCUGAUGCCCAUUCAUUCAUUCUCACAUCUCCGUUCUUGAACCCAGUAUUCCAAUGUGGCCUAGAUAUCAAGAGUGCCAGCUUACUCCCAUCUUUCCGGACAUAAGAGGGAGAAACGAAGCUGCAAAACAAUACCUCUGCAGCUCAGAUUUCCGGAGUGCAUAUUUCCUUUCCGUCGGCUCCAACUCAAGCUGGGUCCACAUGCUGACUCCUCUCCACUACCAGCCACUGCUUCCUUAUUUCAGGCGGCCUUUCUGUACAAGCAGAUAUUUCCACACCACCUCCACUAAGUGUGCUCAUUGCAGGAGUAGGAAACCUCAGGAUUGGGGACCAGCUGGGGCCCUCUCCCUCCAGGCUCCACCUUUUAUCAGCCUUUACCCCGCGCCUUUCUUUGAGUGCCUUUGCUUGUCAGGAAUGUGUCCUUGAACUGUGAUGCUGCCAAUCACUUGCCUGGUGUUAUGGGCUGGUUGGAUGCGGAGGAGUGGUGGGAGGAACCGGCUGGGGAUCCACCCGGAGAAGGCGGCUCAGAGGCAGGGGAGUGGUGGUAGGACAACAGUGAGUGGUCAGAAGGAGAAGACUGGGAAGAGGAGGAGUUGGAAGCUGGAGGGGCAGUGAGCUGGGAGUCUGUAGCAGAGAGAAGUCCAGAGGCUGAAGCUGAAGCAGGAGGGAGGCCAAGAGGCAGAGAUGAGUCAGGCUGGGGAAGAGUCACAGGUGUCUCCCCCUCCUGCUGCAACAAGCUCCCCUCCCCCCUGGUCUCCCAGAACCAGAAGAGGCAUGAAAAGGAAGGAGGAGAGGUGACGCAUGGAUGCAGUCUCCGAUUUCUCGGGGAAACCCCUGGAGAGGAGAAGGACUUAGGCAGCUGUGGGGAGACGGAGACCUUCAGCCUCGGCAACUGCUUCUCAGAGGCAAGACGUACUGGGGAUGAGUUGUUGUGUUCAUGAUUCUCAGCCACGUCUGUGCAGAUACUGUCUUUGCUAAUCACCUCAAGUGGCCAGGCAAAAACGUUCCUCUUUAACCAGGCCUUUGGUUGACUGACAUUCAAUGCCCUUUUAAAAUGGGUGUGUGUGGAGGGGGUUAUUGGGUUGUUCUUGCUUUUAUUUUGAUUAUGUAUUUUGUGAUUUUAUAUUGUGGUUUUAUCCUGUGAACUGCCCUGAGACCUGCAGGUAUAGGGCGGUAUACAGUGGUACCUCAGGUUAAGAACUUAAUUUGUUCUGGAGGCCUGUUCUUAACUUGAAACUGUUCUUAACCUGAGGUACCACUUUAACUAAUGGGGCCUCCCGCCACCACCGCGCCUCCAGAGCACAAUUUCUGUUCUCAUCCUGAAGCAAAGUACUUAACCUGAGGUACUAUUUCUGGGUUAGCGGAGUCUGUAACCUGAAGCAUCUGUAACCCGAGGUACCACUGUACAAUUGUUGUUGUUGUUGUUGUUGUUAAUAAAUGGCACGGUGUCAUUUACUGCUGGCUCGCUCCGAGAGAGAGAUGUGUGUAGGAACCUGUGGCUUCUUGCGUGGCUGGAAUGUACCCUACCUUAGAAAGGUUAGGCAUUAUAGCUGUUGCUCCUCCCACUUUAACCUCAGGUCCCGCCCACCACAGAUGUCCUCUCCAUCCACCCCCACCCCCACCCCAGUCGGUUGCCUAUGAGGUAAUGGAGACCUUAGGCAGAAAAAGGUUUCCACCCCCGACUUACUGGUUUCUAGUCCAUUUCAGGGACUAUCUCAGGGAUUUUGCUUUUCUGGUUGUUCAGAGGACAAUACGUUGCAUAAAUAUAAUUUUUUUUUUAAUUGUCGGGAAGCCUUUCAGUUCACCCACAGCUGUGCAUAACCUGCAUGGGUGUGGGGGGCAUCUUGGCCGAGCUUUCUAUGGAUGGGUGUGGAGCAAGAUUGCUUUCCCCUUGCAGGCAGACACAUCCCCAACCCUUAUUUAUCACUGAAAUGUUAUCUUAGUGGUGUCUGUACUGCAUCAUGGUUGAGAGAUAAUUGAGAUUACACUGUCAGUGGUUAUGUGUGAAGUCUUAUAUGGCUUUAACAAAAAUUAAAUGUGUGGGGUUUUUUUAAAGUAUUAAGACAGAUUUGAGGAGAAUAGGAAUGUCAGCAGCUAUUCAACAUAACAACUAACAGAAAAUUUCAUAUUUUAAAAGUCUCCAGUGUUGUAACACCCCUAAGUACCAGAACCUGGGGAUGUGUAGCAUCUGAUAUCACGCCUUUCACGCCCUAUUUGUGAGCUUUUCAAAGCUAGCCACUACUUGAGAAGAUUCGCUGAAUUUGAUGGACCUUGGUCUAAUGUGGCAAUCCAAUUCUUAGCAUUCUUACCACUAGCUUAGGUGGCUGUUAGUUUAUUGUCCGCAAGCGAUCCAAGCAAAACUUUUUCCGCCCACACUUAACAGGGGGGAGAAAGGGGAGGCAGAUUUCUUUAAGAUUUUCUUCAGCUGGUGCUUGGCACAUGGCCAUUUCUUAAACACUUGAGGAUGGAGGGAGUUGAGUUCUCUCUUCAAGCCAGCAAGGCAAAACUUAACAGAUGAGUAAUGACGCUUAUAAGCUCAAGAUCAGCUUUCAACAGCCUGUCUGUUUUCACAAUUCCCAGAAAGUCCUGCUGCAUCCAUGGGGCUGAGAGAAGGAAGGGAAAAGCUGUAGAGGUCUCUGCCAUAAGGGGAGCCAAAAAUUCACUCAUCCGUCAGGUUUGGGUGGGUUGUUUUUAAGGUGGACAAGAACAACAUUCAGGCAAGCUAUGGGAAAAUACAGCAGAGAAUGACAGAGUACAUCUGCAUGCAAUAUGACCUGGAAUCCUGAGAAUCUUUGCUUUGAACAUUAGGGGAGAGGUUCCUAGUCCUCAUGGAUACCAGCAAAAAGCUUGCUUUUUUAUGUGGAAAAAAAUGUUAGAAGCUCAGAUGUUCUGAAUGAGAAUUUGUCUCUAUGGCCCAGCCACGUUACUGCCCCCUUCUGCUUCUUUCUUCUUGCCUGCCUGCUGUCCAUCUCACACCAUCAAAUGUUUGCAAAAAUGUGAAUGUAUGACUUUUUGAAGUGGUUUUUUCGGUCUUGAACUACAUGGAUACAAUCCAGCACAAAACACAAUGGGAUGGUGGACUUGGUGGGGAAGGGUCAUGCUUAACUGUAGACAGGAUAGUGCCUUAUAUUUGUUUCCCAAAAUGGGAUGAUUAUUUUUGCAUCCAAGAAAAUAUCCCACCUCCUCUCUACGUAAAUUAAAUUUCACAAACUUGGGGACAUGAAUUUGACUUUAAGGUAUGUAUUAGCCAUCCUUCAGGCACAGCUUUUGGAACAUCUUUCAGAAGGAUUGAAAAACAUUUACAAUACAUAAAGAGUAAAUUAAAUUAUAUAUUACAUGGGUAAACAAUAUUAACACAAGGAUCAGAAUAGUAAAAAAAAAUAUGCAAGCAUUAAACAAAAUAAGUAGUAAAACUAAUAGAUCUCCUAAGCCCAUGGCUGGAAAAAAAGAUUUUCACCUGGUUGGAGCCAAAAAGGAAGCCAGGACAUUGGCCUCUGAACCUGCCUGGGCAAUGAAUCUAAAUGCAGGGUGCCACCACUGAGAAGGCCCUGUUGUGCUCACCACCUACCUGCCUUACUUCCAGAGGCAGGAAGGCUUGAAUAAAGUCCUCAGACUAGGAAUUUAAUGACUAGGCAACUUUCUGAGAGAUGACGGCCAAGAUAGCGAAGACUUUAAAAAGUUGAAAUCGGCACUUUCAGUUAUGCUCAGAAAUUCACCAGAAACCAUCAAGAGGUUAUCCAUGUACUCAAUUUACUGUUGUAUCAUUGAAGUACCUGACCCUCAGUCUAAUUCCAUGCAGGUGCGGAGAGUUUGGAGGAAGAGAAGUUGAGCAAGCUGGCAGCAGGGGUGUGGGGCAUAGAAAUGAAAACAAUAUAAAACAGAGUGAUGGAAGGAGGGGCAGAAAAAAACACCAAUGCAGAUCAUUGAAGUGGUGGACAUCAGAAUUAGUGUGGUCUAGUAGGAAAGUGUCAUCAGAGUCACCACUUUCUACAGCCAGAAGUACAAUCUCAUCAGAAAUUUGUUUGCUCCCAUGAGGAGAACAUCAUAUCCUUUUCAGCCCUGCUGUUUUUCUACCAAUGUAAUGUAUGUUUGUUCUGGAGUCAGGCUUGUAAGGUGUGAAAUGAUUCUUGAUCAUCCAAGGACCUUCUUCAAAUAUGCCCCACCAUCUCAGGUGUGGCGAUAGUGGUUAUUGGAGUCAUUACGUACUUAGUGGUGGGACUCCAGCUUUGAAAUGCUCUUCCCAGAGUGGAGGGGAUGGACAGUCUUGUGGCUUGUUGUUGUUGUUACAAUAUUUUUAUUAUUAUUUGUAACACACACACCCCUCAUCUGACUGGGUUGCCCUAGCCACUCUGGACGGCUUCCAACAAAUAUAAAAGCAUAAUAAAACAUCAUACAUUAAAAACGUCCCUAUCCAGGGCUGCCUUCAGGUGUCUUCCAAAGAUGCCUUAAAGGCUAACAUCUUUAUUAUGGCAUAAGCUUCCACUGACUGCAGCCCACUUAAUCUCAGUCGCUAGAAAGGUUUGACUGAUUUCUGGCACCAGCCAAAAUCAAUGCCCCCCCCCAAUUAACUUUUUUUUAAAGAUGAUCUAUUUUAUUCUGCCGUGUAUAUUAAUUUUUGUUUUUAUAGAUUUGCUGCAUUCAGCUUAUUUUUAUGUACUUGUUUUAUUGUGUUUAAAACUGUAUAGUUUAUUGAGGGCCCUGAUAAUUUGAUAGAAGGAUGGCACAUAAGUAACAAAUUCGCAGAUAAUGAUGAUUUGGGAAAGAGGGGGUUGUUUUACAUUUCUGAAGAAAGAAAUUUAAGAUCUCUGUGCAGCAAGUUUCUUGUUUUACUUUUCUCUCUGUCUCUCUCUUUAAGCUAAGGCAGCUGCUUGAAGUUGCUCAGAGGUUUGGAAUGCUAGAUGUAAUUCAGCAGAGGUUAUUUAAUGAGCCUGUGCAGGUGAAGAAAGGCAUAUGAUAGAUCGUAUUUAUCACGCUCCUCCACAGUUGAUGCCCUCAGUGCGUGAAUCAUUUGUGUAUCUGCACAUAUCUCGUGUGUGGACAAUGCAAAGGGGGGUGUGCGCUUGUGUGAUUUGUUACAUCUCUCCACUGCUGCAAAAAUUGGCUGUCUGAGGGCCUCCUGCCAAACGCUGUUUUUCUUUCCCCCUUUUCUAUCCUUUUCUGUAAAGAUCUGUCACUCCAGAAACCUUGCCAGCAGAAAAGGAAAGAAAGUCUUGAUCCUUUGCCCCUCCCCCUCUCCCUUACCAUAGUAACUAUAGUAAACAUCCCUUUUCAACUCGGGAAAAUAACUUAAUUUUUAAAAAAAGCCAAUCCAGUCUAUUAAAUUAAUCUUUCUGUUAGAUUUACAAAUGAUGCACAAGCUCUGAGCAUGGAAAGAUUCCAAUAAUUUGUGACUGAAAUAAAUUGUGGAGGCCAAGGUAGUUCUUUUCCCCCCCCUUCUCUUUGGCUGCUACCCUAUAUCCACUUCCCUAGAAGUAAGCCCCACUGAAUUCAGUGGGACUUCCUUCUUAGAAGACACGAAUAGGAUGGUGCAGAUCACACAGCCAACAGGGGGGGACCCUAAUGGUCAUCUAGUCCAACCCCCUGCAAUGCAGGAAUCUCAGCUUAUGCAUCCAGGAGAGAUGGCUGUCCAACCUCUGCUUGAAAACCUCCAAGGAAGGAGGAUAAUAAUCAAAUAAUCAGUAAAGGCGUCAGAGUGGCAAGCGGGAUGAUGUCCUCAGUGAAUCUUACUUUGGGGCUGAAAGAAAAAGCCAAGUGAACCUGUUUGGUUUUAUUUAAAAAAUUGUGUCCCGUUUCAGUGGUCAGCUCAGCUAACAUCUUUGCAAAAUACAGGGGAUUAUAAAAGUACAGUCGUACCUUGGAUCCUGAGCAGCUUGCAAGUUGAAGGUUUUGGCUCCUGAACACCGCAAACCCGGAAGUGACUGUUUCAGUUUGCAAACAUUCUUUGGAACCCAAACAUCCGACAUGGGUUCCACAGGUUCUGAUUGGCUGCAGGAGCUUCCUGCAGCCAAUUGGAAGCGGCACCUUGGUUUCUGAACAUUUUGGAAGUUGAAUGGACUUCCAGAGCGGAUUCCAUUCGACUUCAGAGGUAUGACUGUACUUUAAAAAAAAAAAAAAGGUUUCAAAUGCAACUGUUACAUUCAGAAGUUUUACGGCUUUGUUUCCUCUUAGCAUGGUCCGUACAGUGGGUUGUACCUAUCCCACUCAUGCAACAGAUUCCGGCUUGCACAGGGGGACGUUCCUCAUCUCCCCUCCUGCCUCAUGCAGCAACCAGAACAUCCUCUGGAGCAGAUCCUCAGGGGCUGGAGAGGAGAGGAAGGGAAAGUUAUUCGGGAUACAGGCCAAUGCCUACUGCCAGACCCCCAGAAGAGGUUUCCUAGUGAGCAAGUGGGCACCUGCAAAAAUAAAACAAAAUGACAGUCAGUUGAGUGGAGAGAGUAAGCCUCUUCUUCUCCCUCCCCAAUCCCUCUUUGAUUGCCAUGGUGGUUUGAAGAAAACCCGUUCUGCCUGGCCUCUCACUAUCUCUGUAGGAUUCAGUGGCGCAGAAUUGUACUCAGAAGUGCCCUGAGGGACUCAUUCUGUCAAAGCACUAUUUCUCCUUCAUCCGCAAGGCUGAAUUUAGCAGCAAGUAGCCCAGGCAACCAUCAAGGGCGGGAGUCAGGAACCAUGGACCAAAUAUGGCCCAAGAAACUCUUCAGUCCAGGCCACACUCUUCACUGCCCCAGCUUCAUAGUCCGUUCGGGUGUUUGCCUUAUCUGGAAUGUGUCCUCAAACUCUGAUGAAAUUUGCUGGCCUGGCUUCAGGAUAAGACUAGGUUGCGUGUGGGUGUGCCUACUGCAGAAAGACACAAUUGCAUUUAUUGCUCCAUCCAGCCCUUGGGCCGGAAAGGAUUUCCCACCUAGGGAAGCCAGGCUCAGGGGCGACAGGUCAAGCAUUUCCUUACUGCUGCCAAUUGGGCACAAGUCUGUUUCCCUAUGUGUGGAGUACCCAAAUUAUGCCAGUGUGAUUACAAAACCCUGGAGUGCCUGCCGUGUCUUCUCAACAAUUUAAUCUUCAGCCAUGAGGACUAGAAACCUUUAAAAAACAAAAGCAAGAGAACUUGAAAGAUUCCUGGGAAGCCGGAAUUUCUUGCAACUCAGCAUGUGUACUAAAUAUAAACAGUCCUGUUUUGGUUUUUUUAAAAAAUAAGUUCAUACUCAGCAAGCAUCCUUUCCAUUUCCCUUGUAAAACUGCAGAAGCUGUUGCCAGGCCUGGGGUAUUUUUACACACACACACACACACACACACACACACACACACACACUUCCCCUUCUCCUCUUGCUCAGUGUAUAUUCCCUCCUGGUGCUUAACUCAAGCCAGCUGUGAGUGGUUUCCUGGCCAUAUGAUUCCUUCAGGCUGCACGGUCUCCCUCCCUCCCUCCCUCUCUCCCAUUCAAGAUUUGGCUCAUAAAACCCAAUGACGUGAUGUGCAUGGCUUAGUAACAUACCAGCCCUCCCCCAGCUGCUCAAAGGAGUUUGCAGUCCUACAUAGCUGAUGAGUUACCAGUGGCCUUUACCUGCCUCUGAGGGUGGUGUGUGCUGCUUGGCUUUUGUUUUCGUGUGAAAACAGCGUUGCUUGAUUCUACUUAAUGCCGCAGAAGUGAAGGCUCUGUGGAAGAAUCUUCCUUGAAAAUCUACAUCUGCCAGCGAGGCAUUUGUAGUUGCAUCCGUUUCUCGUUAUUGGAAAGCAACAUCGUCCUUCGCCCAAAUUCCACGCAUGCACACAUACACAUGCAUUUACAUCAUUUUAUUUCCCCUCCAUUUCCCAAUCGUUUGUUACGAGCCGCAGGUAGGUGUGUGAUCAGAUAUGGGUAUCCUGUAUUAUCUCCCUCUUGGUAGGAAGGCAAGAAGCGUGAGAGAGCCUGAAAGUUUUUUUUUGGGGGGGGGGAGCGCAGUGCAAAGGGAAAGCGCACACAUGUGGGCACAUGCCCAUACCAGCCCACAAGGCUGAGUUUCGGCUAAGCCAAACUCAGGGGAGAUUGGUUACACAUCUUCUGUAGUCUUGCCUAGUCAGGUGGCUGUUAGUUCUUCAGAGGCAAAAUAGCACUCUGAAAAGUAUGUCUGGUGUCAUUAUGUAGAACUUUGUCUGGGUGUCGGGAGAUGAGUCUGGCCUGCUGGGCUUAAAAGGGCCCCCACCCUUGGCUUAGGGAACCACAUUUUACCUACAUUUGAGCUUCAGACCUCCAGGCCUGUGGCUCCUCACCCCUGUUUUAGCUCAUAGGACCACAAUGACAUCUUUUCUUCCAGACUUGAGCUUCCCAAAUGCCUGGGCAUUCCAAGCCAAUGAAUGAAACAGCAAGCUCCUCCAUGUUUGUUGCUCUCUAAGGCAGCCUUUCUCAACCUUGGGUUCCUACAUGUUGUUGGGACUACGACUCCCAUCAUUCCUAGCCAGCAUGGCCAGUGCCUUAGGAAUUAUUGGGAGUUGUAGUUCAAGAACACCUGGGGACCCAAGGUUGAGAAAGGCUGAUCUAAGGGAUGGGGGACCUGUGGUCCUCCAGAAUUUUGUUGGACUCCAGUUGGCCUGGCCAGCACAGCCAAUGACCAGGGAUGAUGGGAGUUGUAGUCCAAUAAUAUCUGGAGGGCCGCGAGUCCCCCAAGUCUGUUUUACACCACGACUGCUGUAAUGUCUGUGCUGAUCCUGCUUUUCCAUGUGAACUAGCGAUUAUCACUUGAUGGGAGUGGCAGAGUCCUCAUGUAGGUGCAGGUAAUGGACCGAUUGAAUUAUCAGGUCCCUCACUCAUGAAGGCAUGAGGGUAGCUGAGAAGAGCCUGCUGUCUGACUAUGCCCUGAGCUGUAUGUCCGCUCUUUGGUUUCCUCUCUCUUUUUAUUCCUUUCUGGUGCCGUCUUCCCAUGCAGAGAUGACCUCAGCAGAGGUAUAUGCUUGGCUUUUCUAGCAGAUUGCUUAGCUAGCAGGAAAAAAAGAGGAAUUCUGGGACUGUUCCACGCCUUCCCAUAUUUAAGAGGCCACAGUGUGAAAAGAGAGACUCUCCAUUAAUCCCCUGACUCCAGGAGUCCAUGCGCUGGCUGUGUCUGUAUGGAGGGAAGCAUGUGCAAGAACUAUGCGAGCCCCACAACACGUUUUUGAGAGAGAGCUCCAGGCUAAACUGUGGCCACUCAAAGUGAAGGAAGCAGCUCACAUCAGCUCAUAUCUUUGACAGGGUUGGGGACAUGUGGCAAACUGUACUGCAGAUGCAAUCUGCACAAUCUAAAGAGAAGCAGUCUCUUGAGUUCAAAAGAAACCAUGCAAGGUAAAUUUACACACACAAAAAUAUCGGUUUACCAAAAAUAUUCUUGCAAAUUUGUAUGCCUCCUGAAGUAAGGGAGAGAAGACCUGUAGGUGAUGGAGGAGGAAUCUGAGGAGAUUUCACCCCUCCCAUAUCCAAGAAUCUCCUGAGGAGUCUGCUGAUUCUCCAGAGAGGAGGAGGCGUGUUCUGCUCUCUACUUAUUCUGCUCCAGCACCAGAGUCAGUCAGUCAGUCAGUGUCGGAGAGAGAGAGAGAGAGAGACUGAGUGUUAGAGAUCGUGUGUAGAGAUAAGGUUGCUGCUAAGAGCAGCUGCAGACACUCAGUGCAGUGCAGCAUUCAUUUAUGCUUAGACCUAUUUAGCUCUGUAUAUAGUUGUAUAAUAGUUGUAGAUAGAAUAAAGAAGAUAUUCUACAGAGCUGCUCUCCUAGUUGUUUCUAGACUCUGCUAUACUCUGCUGUGCGACGACUGUCUUCUUGUGGAAGUGAAUCCGGUGCUCACAACUCUAAGCUGUGAGUCCACAGCACUUUGACCUGUUCCUGUCCAGAAGGUGGUCUCUGGAAGUGCUACCCAGCUCGCCUAGCCCAGUCGGGGCUGAAGUGGAUGAGUCCAGUUGGUGGCACUGGCUCAAGGGCGAUGCUGACAGAAUCAUCAGAUCUAAAAACUUGGAUGGAGGUGGUAGGGGGGAGAAGAAUGACCUCAACAAUGCUCCUAUGUACCUGCCUGACCUUGAACUACUAAAUGUUCACUUUGAACAUUGAACAUUUCUGUAGUCUUGCCUAGUCAGGUGGCUGUUAGUUCUUCAGAGGCAAAAUAGCACUCUGAAAAGUAUGUCUGGUGUCAUUAUGUAGAACUUUGUCUGGGUGUCAGGAGAUGAGUCUGGCCUGCUGGGCUUAAAAGGGCCCCCACCCUUGGCUUAGGGAACACAUAUUACCUACAUUUGAGCUUCAGACCUCCAGGCCUGUGGCUCCUCACCCCUGUUUUAGCUCAUAGCUAAAUGUUCACUUUGUUCAUUUAGUAGAUGGUUGGCCUCCAUCUGUCUCUGGAGACAGUGUUGGAGUGCACCUUUAGGGGUGAGGUCAAACUGUUGGAAGGUUUCAGCGCCAGCUGGGGCUGUAGAGACUGAGGCAGGAGCGACAUGUUUUGUUGCAGCUGGGGCAGAGGAAGGAGUUCCGUUGUGCUGUUGCAGAUGUACCAUGGCGUUUCUUCUCUCUGUGCUCCUCCCAGCAGUCAUUCCUCCUGCGGUCACUGCUGUGGAUACACAACCUGACUGACUGUCUCUAGGCACUUCAAUCAUCUGCAGGGGAUAGAUUCUAGUUUGUCUCCUUGCAGUCGUGAGGACUAUUAAUUUGAUUUCUCCUUUUAACCUUAGGUUCUUGGGAAGCCUGGCAUGGUCCCAGGAUAAAACCUGGCCAGGUGUCAAUGCGUGCAGCCAGCUGUCUCCCCCCCUCCUCCGGCCUUCUCAGUUACCACCUAUUAAUUUACGUCUCUUAUCUCAAAGGGGCCCUGAGAGUUUCAGACUGACCCUUGCAUCUGUUUCCUCCUCCUAGCACCUUGUCGAAAUGCUGCCAUGCCAUGGUGGCCCUUCUCUACCCCUUCACGUGGCAGCACACCUACAUCCCUGUGCUUCCCCCUUCGAUGAUUGACAUCGUGUGCUCGCCAACCCCCUUUCUGAUCGGCCUGCUCUCCAGCUCACUGUCCCGCCUCAAGGAGCUGCCCGUAGAAGAGGUGAGGCCAGAGUAUGGGAAAGGGAGGGCGGCAGAAUGGAUAUUGUUUGAUGCAAGAGUGCUGGGUUCAACAGAGCACCGUCCUCACAGGACACAGGUUUUGGGAGUGUGAGGACGAAAGGCUUUGGGGCCAGGGUUUAUUCAUGGCAGAUCUUGCUAGGCUGGAGAAAGGGCCAACUGGCUGCGAUGUGAAACACUUGCUGGCAUCUUUCCUCAGCAGUUGCUUAUUAACAGCACAUGGCAUUGAGAGUGCCCCUGUGGUUUCUGUUUUAACCAUGGUACGUCCGCAUGGAAGAUGAUGCAGGGCAGGUGGGCUUAGGGAUGAUAUGAUAUCUAGAAUUCAUUACCUCUAACUUAGAUGUAGAGAGCAUCUGAGCUGGAGAUUGGGUGUGUGGGACAGAAGAGAAGAGGCCCUAUUCUCCUUCACCAUCCCCAUGGCUUUUGGUGAUGGCAAACGCAAGGACGGGAUGGAGCAGCCCCCAACAGCCAGUGGGAAGAGACUGGGGUGGGGCACUUCAGCCACAGUACUGGGUUCAAGCCCCACAUGGGCAGGGCAAUAACACUAAUCUAUUCAAAGGCAGCCCUACAAUGAGAUCCACAAAGAAGAGUUGCCAGAAUAAGACCAGGAAAUCUACAAACCCAGUAACACUUGAAUCUAUUUUGGCUUAAUUGUCUCAUCCUUAGCAUUUGGGGUUGUAUUUUUUACCUCCAAGCACCAAAAUAUCUUUGUUUUAAAGUCCAAGGGGUUCUCCUCCAGGCUGUAAGUUGCUGGUACCAUACUUGCAUUGAAUAUCUCUCUUUUUUAAAAGUGCUAGAUAAGAGCAUUCUCCUAUCUCUGAUUCCCCACCCAAUUAGCUGCUUCUUCCCUGUUGUGUGGAAUAACUUGUGUGGUUUCUCAGUCAGGGAAAGGAGGGGAAAGUGUGUGCAAGAGACUCAAGAGGAACAGCUUCCCUAUGUUUAAAGUUGUCAUUCUGUGGUUUGUGGUAAAAGUCAUAAAAACCACCCUGGGAUUGGGUUGGUUUUCAUAUCUCUUUGAGGCCUGGUGGAAUUGGGGUAGGGCAAGGCCUUUGGGAGCCUUUCUGGGCCGAAGAGAAGAGUAAAAAGGCUUCAGAUAAAUAAGGCAGGGCCUUUCCCCCCCACCUCAAAAAAGCUGUAUACAAGGCCGCCAUUUUCCCAAGGAGGUUGAUGACCAUUCCCAGUAAUGUUCUUCUCCCCUUUUUCUUUCUGUGUAUUUCUGUCCAAGCAGGUCCUUGUGGUUGACCUUGUGAAUAACCGGUUUCUCAGGCAGGUAAGAACAACUUGCUUCCAGUCAUGUCCAUUUAAUCUCUGGUGUGGGGAACCUUUGGCCCUCUAGAUGUUGCUAAACUACAGCUCCCAUCAGCCCUAGCAAGCAUGAUCAUUGGCCUGAGUGCAACUUCUGGCGAGCCAAAUGUUCCCCACACUGGUUCUAUCUGUGGGAGAGAGGAACAGGAAAGAAUAAGAACAAGGAAGUCUGCUCUGUUUCGUUGCUGGAUGCUCAGCAGCGCUUUUUUCAGCCAUAACUCACUGGAUUUCUGGCACUGAGACAGGCGCCAUUGCCAUUAUAAGAGAACAAGGGACCAGUAGCACUAGAAAAGUAGCACUGAAGAGGGUGAUGGUAAAUGGAGCCUGAAGACAAAUGGUCAUUGAGAGAGUUGGAAAUCAUUUGCAAGAGGCUUUGAUUUCCAUGGUGUUUGUGCAUAUGUUUCUUCACGUCUUCCUCCGUCCUCUAGUCAAAGGGUUCUGCAGGUUUUUGAAACUUCUGAAACCCUAUUAACCAGGGGUCAAAGGAGGGUAAGUGGAUAUAUCAUAAGCAGCAAAAAAAUGCACGAAAGAUUCUCUCCCUGCCCCGGUUUUCACAAAUAAGUGUAUGUCUGCAGAGGUGACAUUCUCUCAAGUUCUGCUUCAGUAUUAGUACAAAAGUGAAGAUACAGGAAAGGUGACUGCGAUGAAGGAAUGCUGUGGAUGAGGAGAACUCCAACUCUCUGCAAAAUCAAAAGGAGAUGGUGGUUGUGUCAGUAGGCAUCCCACCUUGGAUUCAGGCAAAACACACUUUUGCUUCCUAAGUCCAAUGCUUUGGGACGUCCAUGCCUACAUCAUUCUUUAGGGGCAAUACGUACCUCAGAGGUGCAGUGCACGCUUUGUACGUAUGAGGUCUCUGUUUCAAAGACACACAGCAGCAAGAUCUGCUCAGCGUGCAGACCAUGAACUAUACUUAACGCAGUGAGUGCAAGAGCGGUCUCUUGCAAGGCCCAACAUCUUCACCUUUUGGUGCCACUUUCUGUUGUCUCCCUGUGUGGCAGCAGACUUCUCCUCCUUCCAGUAUCUGUGGCUGCCAGGUGUGUACAUUAUGACCAUCGCAUACGGGCCAUCUCAGUCGUUGCUCCAUGCCAAGACUGUACUGUGUGCUAGUUCUUCUCGGCUUUGGCAGAUUUGACAGCACCAUUGCAAAGUUUCCGCUACAGCUCUCUGAAGCAGCUGCCACACCACCACCUUCCAGUGUGCAAUGACCAUUUGCAAGGGUUUAAAAGUGGAUCCUUUAGAUGGGUCUAGCCUUUAACCCUCCAGGUGCUGGUGUGCUACCUUGACUAUUGGCCAUGCUGUCUUGAGAGUUGAGGUCUAAUAACAUCUGGAGGGUCACCGGCUGGCCAAGCUUGCUUUUAGAGUGUUUAUCCAGAGUGUGGGACGCGGGUGGCACUGUGGGUUAAACCACAGAGCCUCUUGGGCUUGCCGAUCAGAAGGUCGGCGGUUCGAAUCCCCGCAACGGGGUGAGCUCCCGUUGCUCGGUUCCAGCUCCUGCCCACCUAGCAGUUUGAAAGCACAAAGUGCAAGUAGAUAAAUAGGUACCGCUGAGGCGGGAAGGUAAACUGCGUUUCCGUGCGCUGCUCUGGUUUUGCCAGAAGCGGCUUAGUCAUGCUGGUCACAUGACCCGGAAAAACUGUCUGCAGACAAACUCUGGUUUCCUCAGCCAGUAAAGCGAGAUGAGCGCCGCAACCCCAGAGUCAUCCGCGACUGGACCUAACAGUCAGGGGUCCCUUUACCUUUACCUUUUAUCCCAGAGUGUGCAGUUUGGUCUCACCCUGUGCCUAAGAACAUGCCCUCUCUCUUUUUAAGAUGGAAGAUGAGGACUCUAUUUUACCUCGGAAGUUGCAAGCAGCGCUCGAACACAUCCUGGAGCAAAGGAACGAGCUGGCAAGUGACAAGGAAGAGGGCGCUCCCAACGGCAAGCAAGGUAAGGUUUAAAACCUCUCACCUUUUUAUUUUUCACCGGGGAAAAUCACACUGAGCUUCUAUAAACCUCUACCGUGUCAUUCCCUUCCAAAAAUUAAAAAGGCAAAAAAAAAAAUUAGCCUUUCCCAACUCUCAGUAUCCUCCUUUUUUUAAAAAAAAUAGCUUUUAUUUAAGAUUUUCUUGUGUUACAAAACAAACAAAUAAACAAGGCAUCUCCAUUUUUGAUUCAUAGUCAUUUUCACAGUUUGUUUACAUACUGUAUGAGACAUUAUCGUCAUUGACAUCAUGCAGUUGGGGGUAAAGAGAGAGGAGAGAGAUGGUAGGGUAGCCUUCCUUUGUUCUAUAUUCUGUGUAGUGUUUGUGUAGUGUAUGGUGUCAGCAUCACUUGGGUAGGUUGUACAUUUAUUUAUUUCUAUUGUCAUUGUGAGAGAGUGGACAGUUCAGAGCCUGGUAUCCUUUUUUUAUAUGAGAUGACUGGAAUAUACCAAAUAUUUCAUGAUGUCCACUUCAUAGCCCCUCUGCAUGGGGCUUCCACAAGGAUGGGCUUAACCAUGUGGCUGAACCUGCGUAUGAAACCUUCCUUAUGUCAAGUCAGAAAAUUUGUUCAUCUGGCUCGGUGUUGGGGAAGAUGCACAGCUCUGGGAGAGUACCUGUCCUAGGUUCAAUCCCCAGCAACUCUAGGUAGGGCUGGGAGAGACCCUGUCCGGAAUUCCAAAGAGCUGCUGCCAGUUGGAGUGGACAGUACUAAUCCAGAUGGAACAAUGGUCUGACUCUAAAUCUAGCAGCUUCCAAGUUUCUGUGUCCACAACACUGACUGCAACUUUGCAGGGUUCCAGGCUGAAGCCUUUCCCAAACCUUCCUGGAGAUGCCAGGAAUUGAACUCGGGUCUUCCUGUGUGCAGACCAGGUGUUCUGCUACAGAGCUACGGUCCUCCCAUCCCAAAUCUACACCCCGGCGAGUUCUAAGGAAGGGACUGGAAGAGAGCAGGUUAAGGCCAGGUCUCCUGCUAACCAAUGUUUUCCCUGCUCCUUUUGCCUCCCCCAUCCAGAGUCCAGCCCCUUGAACGAAGUGGUGUCGGAAGCGUUCGUCCGCUUCUUUGUGGAGAUUGUGGGGCACUACUCCCUCUUCCUGACUCCCUCCGAGAGGGAAGAGAGGACCCUGCAGCGGGAGGCCUUCCGGAAGUCGGUCUCUUCCAAGAGCCUCCGGCGUUUCUUGGAGGUCUUCAUGGAGACACAAAUGUUUGGAGGCUUCAUUCAGGAGCGAGAGUUGCGGAAACAGGGUGCUAAAGGUGAGAGAGCAGGAGGACGGUGAAAGGGGCGUGCGAUUAAUUAAGCGUGUUUUUCAUCAGGGUUUUUUUUUCUGCUUUGGCCCUUUCAUCACAUAAGAGCUGUUCAGGUGGCAUCUGUGGGAAUGCCGAGGAUAGUGUAAAGGUAAAGGACAGUUAAGUCCAGUUGCGGACGGCUCUGGGGUUGUGGUGCUCAUCUCGCUUUACUGGCCAAGGGAGCCAACAUUUAUCCGCAGACAGUUUUUCCAGGUAAUGUGGCCAGCAUGACUAAGCUGCUUCUGGCUUAACCAGAGCAGUGCACGGAAAUGCCGUUUACCUUCCCGCUGGAGUGGUACCUAUUUAUCUACUUGCACUUUGACAUGCUUUCGAACUGCUAGGUUGGCAGGAGCUGGGACUGAACAAUGGGAGCUCACCCUGUCACAGGGAUUCAAACCGGAGAGGAUAUAUUGAUUAAAUAUUAUCCUUCCUCACUCACGCUAGUUAGCUAGUAGCGGUGCUUGCACAUAGCAGAAAGCUAGUUGAUAGAUUCGUUAGAACCAUUUGAGUUAAGCAAUCCAGUCUGGCUUGUCCAGAUUGAAUUGUUCUCGGUAAAUCCCCUUUUGUUCCCUUUUAAAAGCAACAAUGACACAGCAGUCUUCUUUUAGAAAGUAAUGAUAAGGUUUACUUACAUUCAGUUCACAGUAUGAUCCUGAAGGCAGGCUUUACCUUCUAGUUACAGAGAAAAGUGUGGGUUCAUCCUCUUGUGAGGGAUGAGCCCAUGUGCUGCUGGCUGAGAGCAAGCACACAGCAAAAGAGCAGUAGCAAAAGAGAGUGAGAUAGAGAAGAGUAAGAUGGCUGCAUGACUGGCCCCUUUAUGGGGUCUGCCAGGGUCACGCCCAUCUACCUGGUCACAUACAGGGGGAGGAUGCUCCAGACCAGGUGUGACAGGAAGUCCUCCUGACUGGAGCAACAUUCCCCUGUGUGUCCACUCUGGGCAAACAGGAAAUGUUGUAUUCAACUGCUUUUGUGAUGUUACAUCCCACAGCACCUGCAACUGGAACUCACCAGGUUUUUCUUCCUUUCUGCAUUCUGUUUUCCACCCCUUUGUAGGUUUGUUUGAGGUACGUGCCCAAGAGUACCUAGAAACCCUUCCCAGUGGAGAGCAGAGUGGAGUCAAUAAAUUCCUGAAAGGGUUAGGUAAGAGAUCCUGGCUGCUGCUUUGUAUUACAGUGUGCUUUUAUAUCCCAUCGCAUGUCCUAAAGUCAAAUCACAAUGCGUGUGGGUUUAUUUGCAAUAUAAGCACCAUCACUGCUGUAUUUAUGUUAUGCACAGUAAUAAAAGAAAUAAGGCAGGUCCUUACCCCAAGGACACUGCAUUCUAAAUGUAAUUUCUGAUGGGUGAGACCAGGUUUACUGUGGAGGGGAGUGAUAACGGGAUGAAUGUGAGGAAAUGCGUUUUGGGUAUGUUUUAACUGGGGAUGAGGGAUUACAGGUAUUAGUAGAUGUAAAUCAGGGAUGGCUGUCCUUCCAGUUUGAAGGCUAUUGCCUCUUUUAUAGUUCUGUAGAAGAGGGAGCUGCUUCUUCUCAUAGGGCAGUGUUGCAAAGGCUUGAAAGGGUCUCUUCCCGUGCCUGGCAAAAUUGCCUCGUUUUGCAGGUAUAAAGGAACAAUUUAUGUAAUUGAGAGCUUCUUGUGUCAGGUAUUGCUUCCAUUGCUGGGAAUAUUGGGCUUUUAAAGCAAAAUCCCCAGCUGCUGGGGAAACGCAGUUAACUUGUAAGCAAAGCACGCUGCUACUUUUCGUAUGUUUUACCAUCUGCGUUGUGGCUCCAUAAAUGUCAUCAGCCGUCUUUGGAUGGGAUUUAUGUCAUUGCUAUGUUGUGUAAACUUUGCAACGUGCCAUUUUGCAAACUUUAUGGUGUGUAUAGUGAGGAGCCUAGGCAUUGUACUUGUUUAUAAAUACUAGGCCGUGUAGAAUGCAGGUGGGAAAAUGUGGUGACGUUGUGCACUGGUUAGUUUUUAUCUGUUUUCUGGAGACGGGAGACUUUAAUCCAAUCCCAUUGUGCCAAAAUCACAUGGUUUCUAUAUCUUUCUUUGUUUGUUUUUGCCUCCCCCCCAUCAAUCCCUUCCAGGUAGCAGAAUGAAAUUUCUCCACAAGAAAUGA